ACUGGUGACGUCUCAGGCGCUGAGUCCUGCUCCAGAGUUUGUGGAAUAAUCUGCAGCUCAACUCCGGGGGAUCCACGGUGGCUCCUUUACGUCCGCUUUGAGGAAGUUCCGAAGUUAAACUACUUUUGCUCACUUUUUAUCGCUCAGGACUCGUGAUGUCUGGAGACCAGCAGGCGGGACAAGAGGGUAUGAACAUAUAUUCUGUGACCCUCAGCGGCCCAGCGCCCUGGGGCUUCAGGCUGCAGGGUGGGAAGGACUUCAGUAUGCCCCUCACCGUGUCAAGGCUGACCCCGGGUGGAAAGGCGGCCCAGGCGGGUGUGGGCGUGGGGGACUGGGUGGUGUCUAUCGGCGACACCAACGCAGAGGACAUGACCCACGUGGAGGCACAGAACCAGAUCAGAGCGGCAGCAGACUCCCUCACCCUCACCCUCAGCAAAGCGUUCAAAGCUACUGGAGACCACAAGGACUCACUCACUCCAGCCUCUGCUCAGCCAAAGUACUCGUUCGCCCCCAGCACCGCCAUUAACAAGAUGGCACGGCCGUUUACAGCAGGUGGUGCUAGUGCCAACUCAGGACCUGUUGUUAAGCCCGUGGCGUACUCCCCCAAACUAAACACCCCACCUUCACAAGCCUCUGGUGGAGAACACGAGUCACUGAACGGCCUCGAGCCAAUUCCCUCACCUGCCAAGGCCCAGGCAGCGAAUAAACCAGAUGGUUCCAAGACCGCAGCUGCAGCAGUGGGAAACGCAGCCCCCUCCAGCCGUCCACCUUGGGUCACCGAUCCUAAAUUUGCCGACCGCUUUCACCCGGAUAAAACCAGCACGGUGGUGACGCAGCAUCAGCAGCCGGUCCAGCCCACGCCGAUGGAGAGUCGCAGCUCCAUCGUACAGGCAGCGCAACCGGCACCUCAAGACAGCGGAAGGACCCCAGUGUGCGGAGCCUGCAACAAAAUCAUCAGGGGUCGUUACCUGGUUGCCCUGGGGCGUUCGUGGCACCCCGAGGAGUUCACCUGUUCACAGUGUAAAGCCAUGCUGGAUGAAGGCGGUUUCUUUGAAGAGCGAGGGGCUGUUUACUGCACCAAAUGCCAUGACAACAGAUACGCUCCAAACUGUGCUAAGUGCAAAAAGAAGAUCACAGGGGAAAUUAUGCAUGCUCUGAAGAUGACCUACCACGUCCAGUGUUUUAAUUGUGCUGCCUGUAAGAAUCCCAUUAGAAACCAGGCGUUUUACAUGGAGGAGGGAGAGCCGUACUGCGAGAGAGACUAUGAGAAGAUGUUUGGCACCAAAUGCCACGGCUGUGACUUUAAGAUUGAUGCAGGAGACCGUUUUCUGGAGGCCUUGGGCUACAGCUGGCACGAUACCUGCUUUGUGUGUGCGCUCUGCCAAAUCAACCUGGAGGGGAAGACGUUCUACUCAAAGAAGGAUAAGCCGCUGUGCAAAGGCCAUGCUUUUGCUCCUGUGUGAGACCUCCGUCUGCAGCACCAUCCACUCUCCUACUUCACCCAGUCAAAUGCAUCUUGUAGUACUCACAUAACCCAAUCAGCCUUAUCAUUAUGACCACUGGCACAUUCAGCGGGAAAACACAGACGAGUGCAGGGUUAUACUCGACGUUUAAGUGAAUUAAAGUAAACCUGUUUGAAUGUUAUAAAUGGCUCCAGUGGGACAUAGAUUCUCUCUUGGCAGUAUUUAUGGAGCCCAACAGUGACGCUUUUCCAUGCAUUUUUCCCAUAGACUUAAAAAAAAAUCCAGAUAUUAAGAGUUCAAAGGAAUUGCGGAGGCUAACCAGCUACAUGCUAACUAAGAUAUAACGCUGUUGUUUUAGUCCAAAAAGGCAGUUUUAAAAUGCAAGAUUCUGUUUGUUGUCUGUAUGUUUUAAUACCUUGGCAGUUUGUAAAGUUUCAAAAACAGAUUUUAAAGAAAAUUAGUAGCCAAUUAUUCCCAAAAAAGCUUUUGACUUUGAAUAUAUAUAUGUUUUUUUUGGAAAGUCUAUGAGAAAAAAUGAUUGGGAAAUUUCGUACCGGAACCUCAGUGUGGGCGGUCACUGUUGAAGUCCAUUCAGCCAUUUACCAACAGCUGCGUCCAGAGAGAUUGCAAAGUUAAAUGCCAUUUUGUGAAACAUUCAAGGAAAAACAGCGCGGUCUCCAUGGGAUUUGUGAAGUGGGUGGUCAUAACAUUAUGGCUGAUUGGCAUAUGUAGAACUUCACGGCUUAUCUGCACCGACAGCACCUACGUUCAUUUACAAAACCACCACAGUGUAGCAGCUUUACUGUUCACUACUUUGACAUUUUAAGAUGCCGUUCGAUCGGACAUUGUAAAGGACACUGCCGUUAGUCCAGGCUUUGGUCAUCUGCCUUCUGUGAUCUGAUCCUUGUGAGAUCCCUUCAGUCAGACGAAGCGAACUGGAGGAGCCAUUGAGCCUGUAAUAAUGUCACUUGCCGCUCUAAUGAUGUUCCAUUCGCCCCUCGCUAAGUGCAAGGAAGUAGUGCGCCCCUUUCAGAGUCCUUGCCCACUGCCUAUUAAUGUAAUGGGGGUCCAGCCAGGCAGAAAGGGGUCUCCUACCUCGUCUGCAAUGGACCUCUCCGCCCUGUCACGAACUCCCUCUGUCUUCAGCACAUGGCAAAGUUAAUGAUCAGUUAUCCGGUGUCAGAGAAUGAUUCUACAUUGAUCGUUUUUUAAUAAACACAGCAAAAUGGGCCGUUAUUGGCUUUUUAAAUGUUACAGAGCCUAAAGUCUUGAAUUGGGAACUAGAGAAUGAAACAGAUGCAUUCCUUCAUCGUUACCUUAUGUUUAUGACUUAGAUUUGUAUUUAUAUGCUUCAGAAUGUGCCUAAGAGUUUUUAUAGCUGCUUUAAAAUAAAGUUUGGUAUUGCUAUUUUAA